GCUUCGGCGGGGCUGUGGGCGUCCAGUCUGGGCGGGGUCCCCUGUGAGCCGCCGACCGGCGGGGUGGGCGCCGUGCUCCUGGAAAGGGGGUGUCCCGCUGCUCGCCCGGAGCCCCGUUUCCCUGUCGCUUCCUCCCUGGCCCCCGAGCCCCGCUGGCCGUGAGGUUCGGGGAGCGGCCGCAGGUGGGCCCGGGGCUGGAGGUCGCUCGGCCGCCACCCAGCGGGUCUUGGCCUUUGGAGCUUCGGAGCACCCCGGGUUCAGACCUGCACCCCACGAGCCCGGGAGGCGGUGGUCCCCGCCCCGUCUGGGUUGCCCCACGGCACCCGCCUCCUUCGAGGGGCCUCGGAGCGGCCCGGCAGACUGAGGGGUCAGAGCUCGCGUUUUCCUUGCCCGAGGUCUGCAGCCUGGCCUCUCCGCAAUCGCGGGCGCCUCGGGCUAAAUCCAUCCUCUCCGAGACCCGCUCGGCUUUCCAGGAAUCUCCUUCCGAGACCUGGUGCCACCUGUUGCCGCGUUCCCACUAAGCCUUCCAGAUCUUUGGCACAGCUUCCUUUGAACUCUUCCUGCCCCCUGCAGCAUGAGCUGGGCCUGCUAGGAGGGUUGCUCAGAGUUCCGGUGCCAGGAAGAACUGCCCGUGCUCGGAAAGCUGGAGGAAGGAGCGAGGACUCCACCUGGGAAGGCGGAGAAAGGCUUUGAGGGGAGGCACAGUUAUUUGUGUGGACCUUGAAAGAGAUGUGGUAUGGUGUGUUCCUGUGGGCACUGGUGUCUUCUCUCUUCUUUCAUGUCCCCGCUGGAUUACUGGCCCUCUUCACCCUCAGACAUCACAAAUAUGGUAGGUUCAUGUCUGUAAGCAUCCUGUUGAUGGGCAUCGUGGGACCAAUUACUGCUGGAAUCUUGACAAGUGCAGCUAUUGCUGGAGUUUACCGAGCAGCAGGAAAGGAAAUGAUACCAUUUGAAGCCCUGACUUUGGGCACUGGACAGACGUUUUGCGUCGUGGUGGUCUCCUUUUUACGGAUUUUAGCUACUCUAUAGUAUACAUCCUUAUGCCAAGAUGUUGAACCUAAACUUUAUGGAAUCUGCCAAAAGAAUACAUUAGGGAGUGUAGAGUUUUCUUAGUUCUUCAAAUGAAGCAACUUGGAUGAACGGGAAUGUGAAGGACAACGUCUUAGCCUUUUCUUCAGUUUGAAGUUCCUAGAAUUGAAGACUUUCAUGGACUCCCAUCCUUCUCAACCAAAACAAAACAAGUCUUCUGGCUUUCUUUUUUGUAGAUACUUAAUUUAAGCAGUUUUCACAUGUACCUUUACCCAAGUCAAGUCAACCAUGUCUCUGGGGUGGUAUCCCUUGCACUGAAAUUUACAGUAUUCUGUGAGAUGUUGCGUAUUUUAGAAAACUAUGGAAGAUACUGGUUUAUUUCAAAUGAGCAGAGUAUGUUGUAUUAAAAUCUUAGUUUAUCUAAUCUUGAUUAAUAUUUGGUAAACUCUUUUCUUUACUACAUCUUAGUGACAGUAAAUGCCAAAUAGGUUUUGGUUGAGUAUAGCUUUGAAAACAAAUCUGAUGAAAUAAAACAGGAAAAAAAAUUUAA